AUGUCUACCCCAACGCACAACCGUCGUGACAGCAAGGACGGUCCUGUUCCCACUCAACCGGUCAGCCAACGUCUAUAUCCUUCUUCUUACGAGAGAUUUCGUACUCUCAAGGUCAAGUGCGACUCUCUGGACGACUGCUCCUCUUGCUCAAAGUCGGGGUCCGAGUGCUUGCGUGAUACUAAGCGGUUUCUCCAUGGCCAACCGAAGCAAGGCUACAUGGAAUCUCUUCUCCAACCGCUCAAUGUCAAAAAAGGUGUCUCAGCAAGGCGAGAUUCAACGAAACGGGAAACCGUCGUCGAUGCCCGCCGUAAGAAGGAUACGAAAUCGCCAAAUCUGUCCCCCAAACCCACGAGCGAGAGUAAUAACCGUAUUCUCGCCUGGAUCCGCUCAGGUACUUCGCUUUUACGAGCUCGAGUCAAGGUCACACAACGACAAAGUUCCCAACCUGUCGGUGAAAUGGGUACCUUGGGUAGUCAACCUUGGCCUCCUCCGGAAACGGAUAGGCAAUCCAUCUCGACGAGACCAAAACGGCUACGCCGCAGGCUUUCAUCGAAAAGCUCAUCCAGCAUUCCCCGCCCUUCUUCGACGGCUGAUCCUUUGAACAGCACUGGGUGCAUUACUACUCGAGCAUCUAUCAAUGAUCACACGGAGUACCAAACGGCUAUCCCUGUUCCUGAGUCCCACUCCCACCCAUGGGAUCGCACCCAGAGUCAAGAGUCCCGCGAACCCGACUGUGGCGGUCAUUUCCAAUCUCAGAACCGGCUCGUUGUUGACGAUAUUCUCGACUCCACAAUUCCCGCGUCACAUAGGUUCACCACCUUCAGCGUCGAACAUCAACGUUGCUGGCCUUUGGUCGAGGCUGACUUGCCUGUUUCGUCAUACCCAGUGGAUCCUCUUCUGUCACUUUACCAGCAACAUCUUUCCGGCGUUUCAAUCCCCUCUCAAUUCCUCGGUGUGGCUCCAAGCACUCGUUCCUCGGCUCUUGAUCACGAUGUUUCUGACCCCAAUCCCGAUGAAAUCGUCCCAUUUCACUCUCAAGGGCGGGAUUUGACGAGCAUCGUGCGUCUGUACCGAUCACGCAAAGUCUACGAUGGCCCUUAUUCGGCGGUAUAUCAAGGUGUCUACGAUGAUGGGCACCAGAUGGAGGACGUUGCCAUCAAAGUCAUCAAGGCAGUCGGUCCUAGGCAUUCCAUUCAGAGGAGACGUCGUCGCGAGGUCACGAUUGGAAAGAUUCUCCAACAUCCGAACGUCCUACCGGUACAUGGUAUCGUGGAAGAUCGAAUGUUCGGGCCAUUCGGGGCCAUUGUUACGCCAUGGUGUCUAAACGGCAAUGCUGCGCAAUAUCUUCACAAGCACGCCCCUUCACCACUGGAAAGAUACCGUCUAUGGCAAGGCGUGGUCGGUGGUCUUGUUUACUUGCACUCUCAUUCGCCGCAAAUCGUUCAUGGAGACAUGAAACCCCCCAAUGUUCUUAUCGCUGCCGAUGGACGGCCAAUGAUCUGCGACCUUGGACUGGUUCGAGUUGUGGUCGACGACCCUUCUUCGUCUUCUUCUGGCGAUGGGUACAGCAGUGACGAAAGUCGGGAAUGGAUGCGUGAGAUCAAUACCACGACUCCGCAUACGGGUACACCGCGGUACCUUGCUCCUGAGCUAGUUGAUCUCAACGAUCCAUCGGAACCGACAACGGCUACGGACGUAUAUGCUGCGGGUUGUAUCGGAUUCGAGUUCAUCUACUCGGUUGUACCCUACGCUCAUCGUGAGGAUAAUCGACGGGGUCAAAUUUUUCAUGACAUUCGCUGCGGGGUGCCACCUGCCCGUCGACCACGCAUCACAACGACCACGGAUUCUCCCUCGUCCGACAUAUUACCCUCGGUCGAUGGUAUCGACGCCUUGUGGAAUAUCCUCGAGUUGUGCUGGAGUCGCGAUCCUCUUCAUCGUCCGACCGCAUCUUCCCUGUACGAGUGGUUGGACACUGCCGAAAACCUUAUAGUUGAUGCGCUUCAGCAAGCGCCUUGA